AUUUUAAAUAAUUUGGUGAUGUUUCUGGCCAUCUACUCCGUGCCAAUCCUAGAAUCCAGGUCCUUCAACUCCAUUCGUCCCUCGAAUUUAGGUGCUGGAUUCGCAGGUCCUUCAACUCCAUGCUACUUGACAGAGAUUUACUCCUCCGUAGGAAAGGGGCGGACCAGCUGGUAGUAACCUGCACCCUAUGAAUCCAUUAACCCUGACAUUUUUGGGCACUUUCGUCUCCACUCCCGGGCGGCGGCGGCUUAUAUAGAAAAUGAAAGUACCCAUACUGAAUGCAGUGGAUAGCUGCUUGCAGGUAGAUAUGUCUAGCAGUUCCAGUUGCAAGCAAACUGCUUCAUUUUUGUUGCUAAGUGGGAUGUAGAACACAGAAAAUAGAGAACAUUUGGCUUCAAAUUUUAGAGAUAUCAGAUACGAUGGAUUUUUGCGUUUGAUUGGACAUCUUGGUAGUUCAAUCAAAGAAAAUGACUGGAUGGAAGAAACCAUUUUUUCUUAGUUCCAGUUUUGUGAAUAAUUAGACACCUGUCUCCCCACUCUCAAAAAAAAAAGAAGUAAGGAGAACUAGUGGAAUAGACAACUGUGUCCUCUAAUUGAAGGCCUGAUGCUUCACCGCUGCAACUUCUGUAAUUAUGGUGAAUGACUAGCAAGUGAAUGUAAUGGUGAGAGGCCCAGAAAAUGAACAUUUUAACAUAUCAAUAUGCUACUUCGACGCUGAACGCACCCGUAUUUCGUUUCUCAAGAAACAUCCAAAUCUGAAAUUGUCAUUAUUAGAUUACACAAAUCGGAGGUUCUACCCAUGCAUGUCUCAAGCGCACAAGAACCCAAUAUUUGUAUGGCACACAGAUUAUUCCUGUCGACAAUUCGCUUUGGCUGUAAGGUGUAAAAAUCAGAAUAAUUCCACUAUCUGUGUCAGUUUGGAGAAUGGUGGUUAUGAUGCUUGUGUUCUGGAGAAAUCUUACAGCCUUGAAAAAGUUCACCAAGAAACCCCUGAGAAGAAUUUCUGGGGAGCUGUGGGUUUAAUCGUGGGAACAGCUGUAGGGCCUGGAAUGUUGGGAUUACCUGCAGCAACCCUAAAAUCAGAGCUCAGCUUUGCAGUAAUGAAACAAGAUAGUGUUGCUGAAGUUAGCUUCACGGGCCUUGCUAGGAAGACAUUGGGAAGUAGUCUUGGUACUUUUGUUGCUUUGGUUUAUGCAUCCUUGAGCUUUUCUUUGUUAGUGGCUUGUGUGUCAGGCAUUGGUGCUAUAGUCUCUCAGUGCUUCCCAUGGUUAAAUCCUAUAAUUGCAAAUGGGUUGUUUCCAUCUAUGGUAGGACUAACUCUGUGGUUAUUCCAUUUAAGGCCAUUGACUCGGCUAAUAGAUUUCUAUGCAUCAUGAUGCUUUUCUCCAUAAUAGCACUUGUUGGAAUUGGUUUCCUUGUUGGGCGAAACAAUAUCUUAGUUUCCUUUGUGUAUGCUUCAUGGGAGAUUUCUUUAGUUUUGCCAGCUAUACCCAUUGCUGUUCUAACACUGGGGUUUCAUGUCAUCACUCCUUUUAUUUGUAAAAUUGCUGGGAACACUAUACAUGACGCUCGAAAAGCAAUACUAUUUGGUGGAACUAUUCCAUUGCUUA